AUGCGUCUAUCGAAGAUGCCUUCUCGCGGCACGUUUGAUUAUGGACUGUUGUUGAGUUGCUUUGCAAUGGCCACGUUGACUCACGCAGCACUACCUUACACACCUUCAUAUCUGUUUCCUGCCCGACAAUCAAACGGCAGCCUUGCGUACGUACUUCGACCGAAACUAGAUCGAACUAGCCUCCAGCUCCUAUCGGUCAAUCUAUCCACCGUGGACUCCGACAGCCCUAACUCCACAGUCCUUUAUGACAAUGUCCCUUUCGUCAUUGAUGACGGGGCCUUCCUCCCUUUGUUGGAUUCAGAAGGGAUCAUAAAUGUCAUUUACGGCACGUGCCAGGCGUCGCAGAGUACACCUAUAGUAUGGACGUUUCAGCCCGACCAAGAUAGUGCCAUUGGAAACGGAACAUGGUCAUCACAACCAGUCAAACAGUCUUCAAAUGAAGCCGGAAAAACGACCGACACGAGUGUAGGGUACCUUGCUAGCGGAUUCACAUUUCCAGCAUUGAAUGACACAUUGGCUGAGUUUUAUACAUUCGGAGGCAUGUGUCUAUCCACAGAGAGUACGUCAAGCGACUGGGUAUCAGCAGCAAACUACUCUCAAUCGAUGAUGUUACUGAGUCCGGACAAUUCAUCGCAUCCUGCUAGCUACGAUAUUGAAGAAAUCACCGCGUCGAGCCCGCCGGUCGCAGAAGCUGGUUUUACCAUAACAUCCCUUCAGCAAACAAGUUAUAGAACCUCUUCGGGUCGACUUAUUCAAGAAGGAGGGUUUCUAUUUAUUGGGGGUCACACUCAAACUGCCUUUAUUAACAUGUCUACUUUGGCUUUAUUCUCUUUGCCUCAAGCUGGGUGGACUUACAUCCCUGUCAACCCAGGUGGAGAUUCUACACGAACUGACCUAGCCAUUCGUGACACUGAAGUGGAACCAAGAUCUGGGCACACGGCAGUAAUAUCAUCAGAUGGGAGCAAGAUUGUUGUCUUUGGUGGAUGGGUUGGCAAUACGAACACACCAGCUAAUCCACAGCUCGCGAUUCUCGAGGUUGGACAGGAUUACGGUGGCUCGGGGGAAUGGUCGUGGUCAGUUCCACAGCCUACUGGAACCGCACUAUCGGAAGGGUCAGGCAUUUUUGGACAUGCAGCAACCAUGCUAGCUGGAGAUGUGAUGAUGAUUUCAGGCGGUUAUACCAUUGCAGCAUCAGGAGCGACGUCCAAAAGGGCAACUUCCAGUUUUGAGGCUAACACCCAGGUCCAUCUCUUCAACCUGACGUCUAAUUCAUGGGAGACAACAUACACCAUGCCAGACUCACAGAAUACGGGACCUAGUCAUGGAUCAACCGGAGCGCUUUCUUCCUCGGGAGAAAAGGCUGGACUCGGGGUCGGGGUGUCCGUUGCAGCUAUUGCAGUGUUAGGCAUCGCUUACGGUGUAUGGACGAAAAAACGAUGGAGUCAUCGACGAGAUAGAGACAAGGAACUUCGAAAGUUAGCGCUGGGUGCUGAACGCUCAAACAUCUGGGGUGAGGGUGGACUUGAAUCCAGUUAUCGGAAUCCCGGUGAUACCGUCAUACGCAACUCGAUUUUAGAUAAUCUAUACUAUCCGGGUCCGAAUCAUCAGUACAGUGCUGUCCCAGGUCCACAGAGUGCCGCACCGGAAGCAGAAAGGACUGGAUUACUAUAUGAAGUACCUAGUCCUGACAGGGGUCUUCGGAGGAGUUUAACCGGUCGACCACAACGUGUCCAAUCUGCAGGCUGGUACGACGAAGUCAGGACGAGUUAUGCCGCGGGAUCAAUCCACCCGAUUGAUGAGAGCGAAGAAUAUGAGACGUCACCCCCAGAAGCGUCAGAGAGAGAGGCAACCAGUCAAACUCCCAAAGCUGAACUAUCUGACCCUUUUGCUGAUCCAUCAUCUCCAACUCGUGUGCCUUUGAUUGCUUUUCCUGAAAAUUCUCUGGGCAGGCAACAAGCGUCUGAUGGCGCAUCAGUACGAUCAGAGGGUGCUCGCAGCACAUCCCCAGCGAAAAGUGAGAGGACGCAUUCAACCUUAUCCGAGUCCUCCAUUUCAGGCAUAUCCGAUUCUUCUUCGAUACAACGAUCUCAUAUUGGAUCAAUUAGGAGAACUAUAAAUCUACUGAGUUCUCCUAUUCCAGCACUAGAGCCAUCUCAUGGUAAUUCUCCCGCGAGUGGGCGCAGUUCACCCGAAAAGCCUCCGAGCCGGUCAGAACGCUUGGAAAGUGACAAUGUGAGAUGGCCAUUUGAUCCUUCUGCAACAGUAGACUCUUUCUCUACGUCAGAUAGCCGACGCAAGCAUACACAAAUGGAAGGCGAAACGCUUCUAGGUUCUGGCCCUGAAUGGUCCACACCACCAGAAUCUCCUACCAGACAACCUCCUACAGAAAGCAAACGCAAUUCUUUGACAUGGAUGGGAAGUCUUCGAAAAACCAUGUCGAAUGCUAAAAAGGCUGCAACUGGUUCCAUGUACUCUAGUUCUCCAGACAAUUCAGUACUAGAUCCUGCACCGUCGCCUGAGCCUGGGCCAUCUUCAAUACCGAGAAGAGGAUCUAGUGCAUCUGUAGCACACUUGCAACGCAGGCAAGGGCCGAGAGAUUGGGCUGUAGAUGGUCGAGUAUCACGGAGCAGCUUCAUGUCACUUCCACCAGGUGACCAACAUACAGACGAUGACGAUCCCUUUGGCGAUGAGGAUGACUGGGAUGUAGAAGCUGCCGCAGAGGGUCGACUUGUGCAGGUCACUUAUACAGUACCCAAAGAGAAGCUGAGAGUUGUCAAUGCUGGUGUCGCGGACCGCGUUGCUGCGGACAAUGAGUCAGAUCACGAGUUGAAGGCAUCGGUAAGAGAAUAG